GCGCACAGCUUAGCGCCAGGGCCAGGGCCAGGACCACGAUGGAAGCACAGCGGCUGGGCAAGCUGCAGGCUCCAUCACGGGCCCGGGGGCCGGGGGGCAGCCCUGGGCGGCUGCAGAAGCGGCAGGCGCGCGUCACCGUCAAGUAUGACCGGCGGGAGCUGCAGCGGCUGCUGGACGUGGAGAAGUGGAUCGACGGGCGCUUGGAGGAACUGUACCGCGGCAGGGAGGCAGACAUGCCCGAUGAGGUCGACAUCGAUGAACUGUUGGAAUUAGAGAGUGAAGAAGAGAGAAGGCGGAAAAUCCAGGGGCUCCUAAAGUCGUGCACGAACCCCACAGAGGACUUCGUCCAGGAGCUGCUGGCGAAGCUGCGAGGCCUCCACAAGCAGCCAGGCCUCCGUCGGCCCAACCCCUCCGGCGACGGCAGCCUGAGCCCCCGCCAGGACCGAGCCUGGACCGCGCCACCCUGACCUUCUCUGGCCUCCGUGACCUGCUCCGUCUCCCCGCCACCCAACGCCGCCCUGGGUUGUUUAUAAGUUGUAUUUAAUGGUUCCGUAACAAUAAAAAAAACCACACACACAAAAAAACCUCUCCUGUGUUAAACUGUUAAGGUAUGCAUGUCAUUUCUUAGUGGUUUCCUUGUAUAUUAAACUCUUUAUAAACAAUCCAUUAAUUGUAACUUGAAUGCCAUUGGGUAAACAGGUCUUUUACUGUACAGGCAAAUCUCUUAAAAAAAAAUUAAAAACAAACAACCUCCCCCAAGCAUGUAUGUAUCCUCUACAAUGUUUUGUCUCUUAUUUCUUCUUUCCUUCACUGUCACAUUUUUUGAAUCAUCUAUACUAGUGAUUCCCAUACUUCUGAAUUUUUUAGACCAGGAAAUCGUUUUGAAAGGGGAAGAGAGGAGGCAUUGGAGAGAAAAGUCAGUAUUGUAAUGGGUUGCCAGAUUUUUAUUCUCCAAAAUAUAGACAUAUUUUGUUGAAAGACACCUUCCAACUCUUUUCUAAUUUCUCAAAUAAAGCACACUGUCACAUUCGAAAUGACAAGCUCCGCCAGCCUUUAACUCCGCGUUUCAUGACAGAACACACCCU